AUGGGGAAGAAGCGGCAGCUGAUCUGCCUCGCGGCCGCCGUCGCCGCCGCGGCCAUCCUCCUGACAGCGUCGGCCAAGAAGUCCGGCGACGUCACCGAGCUUCAGAUCGGCGUCAAGCACAAGCCUGAGUCAUGUACCCUGCAAGCACACAAAGGAGACAAAAUUAAAGUUCAUUAUCGUGGGGCACUCACUGAUGGAUCAGUUUUUGAUUCUAGCUACGACAGAGGUGACCCGUUUGAAUUUACUCUUGGAAAUGGCCAAGUGAUAAAAGGUUGGGACCAAGGAUUGCUAGGUAUGUGCGUCGGUGAAAAGCGGAAGCUAAAGAUACCUGCAAAGAUGGGUUAUGGUGAGCGAGGCUCCCCACCGAAGAUUCCAGGUGGAGCAACUCUGAUCUUCGACACUGAGCUUAUCGCCGUCAACGGAAAGACAUCUGGCGGUGCAAAGGCAGAAACUGAUAGUGAGCUCUAA